AUGGACUUCGACUUCGCGGCUUGUCUGGCCAGGCUAGAUCCUACUUAUGAAUAUCAGAUCGACAAGCUCGCCGGUGGCGUUGUGAACGUCACCGCACGAGCGACUAAAGUGGGCUUUGCUUCCACAUCUGCUAGGCUGCCAAUACCGCAGCGGCAUGAGAAUCUGAAGAUGGGAGACGGCGACCUCGAACCUGGUCACGGCCGAUUCGCAGACCAGAAAACGCUCAUCUUGAAGCAUGCGCCCCCUUUCAUUGCUGGUGUUGGUACGGAUGCUCCUAUGUCUCAAGAACGCCAGAUGAUAGAAGCUGCCGCCCUUCGUUUAUUCCUCCCAGUCUCUGCGCGCGGGAAAGGAUCACCGCCAACGUCGGACGAGUGCGAUGCAGCACCUCUCCACUGGAUACUGGUCGAGUCAGGAGUCAUGGUCCCAACACUCCUUCAUUACGACCAUGGUAAUCACAUUCUGGUUAUAUCGGACCUCGGACGUCUUUCAGACAUGUCGCAGGUCUUCAUCCACCUGGGAGGAUUCACGCCCGGGUCCUCUAGCGCGGCAUUGAAGGCACCCACAUGUGCCCCUAGGUUAGGUUGUCCGCUCGAGGCUCUCGAGAUCCAGAGUUAUCGAGACACUGGUGAGAAACUUGGUAGCUUCUUUGCACGCCUGCAUGACCCUGGCACCCACCGCGCCAUUACGGAGACAGGACUUCUUCCUUCACAGGACGUCGGUCGUGAUGACCCAGUGGCCGCACAUGUUUUCCCCUCGCUGCCGGAACUGAAAAGCUUCGUUCACCACCAUGCAAUCAAGCCACUCCUGUCGCAGCUCCUCAAGUUCCCCUCGCUGCUCGAUGAUGCAGAAGCAGCGGUGCUCUUCGCUGCAGUGGAAGCAGACUUUCUCCGAACAUGUCCUCCAGAGGAACAAUGUUUCGUUCUGGGCGACUGCUGGACUGGAGCAGUGUUGCUUGACCUCCGUCCUGGCAUCGGCCCUGUGGGAGUUGCUGUUAUCGACUGGGAGUUCUCGAAUACAACAGGUCGAGGGGUCAAUGGGGACGUCAGCCAAUUCCUUGCUCACCUGGAAUGUCUGCGAGUCGCUGCGCUGACGCGCAAAGUCCAACUCGUGGGUGGUCACUUGUCAGCCGUGAACGGCAUCGUGGAAGGCUUUGUGCAGAAGUACAGGACCAUGCAAACGAAGAGAUUUGACGACCGGAUCAUGCGGUCAGCAUACCUAUCACAUGGCGCAGAAAUCAUCAAUUGCGCCUUUUGGAAAACGUGGGUUUGCGAAGAUCUCCAAUGCGUGUUUUGUACCAGGGAGGCUGGAUCGGUUCCUGAGCCUGAGACCCAAUGCAUCCUUAUCACCAAAUUGGUAGAUCGCGGCCUCUCUUUCUUGAGGGCAGCUGUUGCUGAAGACCCAUAUGCGAUGACAGCCCAGCUGAGGCAGGGCAUCUCGACUUCGGAAUCAGAAGGUGCGCAACUGGCAGGCUUGUACGACUUUUUCGAAAGACCUUGA